AUGGGGGGGGGGGGUGGGCUCCGAGUGGGCGUGUCCAAGGCGGGCGCGGUUGGUGGGCGUGGCCAGGGCGGGCGUGGCCAAGGCGGGCGCGUCCUCCCCGCCCCCGAGGCGAUGGCGCUGGCGGCGGCUCUGGGGGCGCUGCUGGGGGCGCUGGGGCUGGGGGCGCUCCUGGGGCCCCCCGGCCCCGCUCUGGGGGCGCUGCUCGCCGCUCUGGGCGUUCUGGGGGCGCUGCAGCGGCUCCUGCGGCCGCACCUCUGGGCCGAUCUCUCGUUCGCGCUGCGGGCGCUGCGGGUGCGGCGGCGGGCGCGGCGCGGCCCCGGGGGCUGCGUGGUGUCCCGGUUCCUGCGGGCGGCCCGCGAGGCUCCGGCGCGGCCGUUCCUGCGGUUCCGGGGACGGGCGGAGCCGCUGGGGAGCGCGGCGCGGAGCGUGGCCCGGGUGGCGAACGCGCUGCGGGCGCUGCGGGCCCCGCCGAGGCCCGGCGACACCGUGGGGCUGCUGGUCGGUAACGAGCCCCGGUUCGUGUGGGCGUGGUUCGGGCUGGCGGCGCUCGGAGCCCGCCCGGCCUUCCUGGGAACGGCGCUGAGACCGGCGGGGCUCCGGCACUGCCUGAGGAGCUGCGGGGCCACGGCGCUGCUGGUGGCGGAUGACCUGCUGGGCGCGGUGGCGCCGCUGCUGCCCGCGCUGCGGGAGGACGGGGUCGCCGUGUGGGUGCUCGGGCCGGGGCCGUGCCCCGAGGGCGCCCUGGCCCUGCAGGAGCUGCUGGACGCGGCCUCGGAGCAGCUGCGGCCCGAGGAGCUGUGGGAGCCCGAGGACAUGAACGAGCCGUGCCUGUUCAUCUUCACCUCGGGCACCACCGGGCUCCCCAAGGCCGCCCGCGUGUCCCACCUCAAGGCCGUCAUGUGCCUCAGCUUCUACGAGCUGGUGGGGGCGUCCAGCAGGGACGUGGUGUACCUGGCACUGCCCCUCUACCACAUGGCAGGGGCCCUGCUGGGCAUCGUGGGCUGCCUGGGCAUCGGAGCCACGUGUGUGCUGAAGGAGAAGUUCUCGGCCAGCCAGUUCUGGGAGGAUUGCCGCGCCGAGGGCGUCACCGUGUUCCAGUACAUCGGGGAGCUCUGCCGCUACCUCGUCAACCAGCCGCAGCGCCCCGCGGAACGGCAGCACCGGCUCCGGCUGGCCGUGGGCAGCGGGCUCCGGCCCGACGUGUGGCGCAGCUUCCAGCGGCGCUUCGGGCCCGUGCGCAUCGUGGAGACGUACGGCAUGAGCGAGGGCAACGUCACCCUGUUCAACUACACCGGCACCCCCGGCGCCGUGGGCCGCUGCUCCGCCCUCUACAAGCUCUUCUCCCCGUUCGAGGUCGUUCGUUACGACGUCGCUGCCGGGGCACCGGAGCGGGACCGGAACGGGCGCUGCAUCCGCGCCAGGACGGGUGAGACGGGGCUGCUGAUCGCGCCGGUGACGCCCCGGACGCCGUUCCUGGGCUACGCGGGCUGCCGGGAGCUCUCGGAGCAGAAAUUGCUCCGCGGCGUUUUCACCGAGGGCGACGAAUUCUUCAACACCGGCGACCUGGUGGAGCAGGACCGGGAGCAGUUCGUGCGCUUCCGGGACCGCACCGGGGACACCUUCAGGUGGAAGGGUGAGAACGUGGCCACCACCGAGGUGACCGAGGCGCUGCUGGCCCACGAGUCCCUGCAGGACGCCACCGUCUACGGGGUCACCGUGCCCGGACACGAGGGCCGGGCGGGCAUGGCCGCUCUCGUUCUGCGCCCCGGGCACUCCCUGGACGGCCCCGGGCUGUACCGGCACCUGGAGCGGCUCCUGCCGCCCUACGCGCGGCCCCGCUUCCUGCGGCUGACGGAGGGGCUGGACAUGACCGAGACGUUCAAGCAGCAGAAGGUGCGGCUGGCGCGGGACGGCUGCGACCCCGCGCUGGUGGCGGAGCCGCUGCUGCUGCUGGACGAGGCCGCCCGAGCCUUCGUCCCGCUGGACGCCGAGCGCUGGCAGCGCCUCCGGGACGGCCGCAUCCGCAUCUGAGCCCGCGGCGGGGCCCCGUGUCUGUCCCGGGGGUCCCCGUGUCCGUUCUGGGGCUCCCCGUGUCUGUCCCGGGGGUCCCGUGUCUGUCCCGGGGGUCCCCGUGUCCGUUCUGGGCUCCCCUUGUCCAUUUUGGGGCUCCCCGUGUCUGUCUCGGGGGUCCCCGUGUCAAUUUUGAGGUCCCCGUGUCCGGUUUUGGGGCUCCCUGUGUCUGCCCCGAGGGUCCCGCGUCCAUCCUGGGGGUCCCCGUGUCCCUUUUUGGGCUCCUUGUGGGCAUUUUUGGAGUCCCCGUGUCCGUUUUUGGGGUCCGUUGUCCGUCCCAGGGGUCCUCGUGUCUGUCCUGGGCAUCCUCAUGUCUGUCCUGAGGGUCCCCGUGUGCAUCCCGGGGCUCCCAUGUCCAUUCUGGGGGUCCCUGUGCCAUUUUUGGGGUCCCCAUCUCUGUUCCAGGCGUCCUCGUGUCCCUCCCGAAAGUCCCUGUGUCUGUCCCGGGGGUCCCUGUGUCCAUUUUGGGGCUCCCCGUGUCCAUUUUUGGGGUCCCCGUGUCAAUUUUUAGCGUCCCCAUGUCCAUCCUGGGCAUCCUCGUGUCCAUCCCGAGUGGUCCCGUGUCCAUUUCUGUGGUCCCCUGUCUGUCUUGAGGGUCCCCAUGUCCAGUUUUGAGGUCCCCGUCUCUGUCCCGGGGAUCCUUGUGUCCAUUCCGGGGGUCCCUGUAUCCAUUUUUGGGGUCCCCGUGUCCAUUUCUGGGGUCCCCGUGUCCUUCCCGAGGGUCUCCGUGUCCAUUUUUGGGGUCCCCGUAUCUAUUUUUGGGAUUCCCGUGUCCAUUUUUGGGGUCCCGGGUCCGUCCCGGGUGUCCCCAUGUCCGUCUCUCAGCGCUGUGCCUCAGUUUCCCCACAAGGGAUCGGUGCUGUGACCCCCCCUCCCUCACUCAGGACCCCGGGAGGGGGUGAGUGUCCCCCCCUCAAUAACCACAAGUGCCCUUACGGACUCUCCCGGAUUUGGGGGUGUUGGAUGAAGCAAAUAAA